AUGGCCAGCGCAUGGGGAAAACACUUUGGCCGUGGCAUGUUCAUCUCCUAUCUGGAGAUUUACAACAAUGAUGGUUACGACCUCUUGAGCCGGGAAGAGCACACUGCCAAGCUUGAGGACCUCCCCAAAGUGCAGCUCAGAGAGGACGAGGAUGGAAACAUCCAUCUCCGCAACCUGUCCGUGAACAUGGCUCAGAAGGAGGAAGAUGCGCUAAACUUGCUGUUCCUCGGGGACACGAACAGAGUCGUCGCGGAGACGCCCAUGAACGAUGUGUCUACCAGAAGCCACUGCAUGUUCAUCAUGUGGGUCGAGUCGACACAGGCGAACUCUGAUACAGUGCGGAGAGCCAAACUACACCUGGUGGAUCUUGCUGGAAGCGAACGUAUCUCCAAGAGCGGUGUUGAGGGUGACUUACAAAAGGAGGCCCGCUACAUCAACCUGUCCUUGCACUACCUGGAGCAAGUCAUCGUGGCCUUGCACGAGCGCUCAUCUGGAGCCCGCCACCAUGUGCCGUACAGGAAUUCCAUGAUGACGUCCGUCCUUCGAGAUUCCCUAGGUGGCAACUGCAAGACCGUCAUGGUCGGCACUGCGGCUAUCGAAGACCGUCAUCUGGAGGAGUCAAUCUCCACGUGCCGGUUUGCUCAGCGGGUCGCGGCGAUUAAGAACAAUGCAACCAUCAACGAGGAAUUGGACCCUGCUUUGCUCAUCCGCCGCUUGAAGAAGGAAGUCGCAGAACUGAAGGAUGAGCUGACGCUCCUCAAUGGGGACGAGAAUGCAGAAACGCUGACGGAUGAAGACAAGAAGGAGCUCCGCAAUCUAGUGCAGGGGUACGUGGUGCAGCAGGCCGUGUGCAAGUCCCAAGGGCUGCUCGCCGAGUUUUGCAAGGCAGUCAAGUGGUAG